AUGAAUAAAAAAUCAUAAAUAAAGCAAUAUAAGACUAAGGUUAGUGAUGAUGACCUUAACAGUUUAUAUUAAUACCUUCAAGAUAGAGAUGAAAGUAUUGAUAUUUCAUUGCUAAGAGAUAAAAUUUAAGAAUUUGGAUUAGAUUAAGAAUGCUAAGUAUUUAUGGAAAAAACUAAAAAUCCAGAAGAAACUCCUUAUUUGAAAAUAGAUCAAUUAAAAAAUUGGCUAGACAUUGACUAUAACAACGAAAGAGAUUUCAAGUUUAUUUUUUCUGUUAUGACUAAAAUAAAUGAUAAAGAUUCAAUAGAUGAAUAGACUCUACAAAAUUUAAACAAAAAAUAUAAAUUAGAUCUUACUAAAGAAGAUAUAGAUAUGAUGAUAAAAUACGCUAACAAGGAUUCAAAAAAUAAGACAGUUUCUAUGAAAGAGUUAAGAGAAUUUAUAUUACACUGA